CAGCAGGUUUUUGGGCGAGAACGACGUUCAUGCAUGACUUACAACCCAUGUAAAAUUCUUAUUGCCCCCGCGGGCCUGAAUUCACAGCUUUCAGUAUUGCUAUAGCUCUGAGCGGUAUGACAAUGACACAGCCGAGUUAAGGGUGUAUGUUGUGGAAUUUGGUGCUGUUGCCAAAAAAGUGGCACACCUCUUUGAGCUGCUGUAAACUCUCUGAGAAAAAAAGUGGAGACGGUUUGAAAGUCUCGUAGACUCGCAUCACGGACACGAUGGGCACGAGGAAUGAUUUCAAUGUGAACUUCGGCGACUCGAUAUAUCAAUAUCGGGAUCCGGGAGGCCGCGAGGGAGUGAGGAAUUUCCAUGGUCGCCCCAAGCCAUUCUAUGACAGCGGCAGCCCUCUCGUUGGGGCAGCUGCAGCACCUGCUGGUGCCUCCGGGCCGCUGGUCGUGGCAGCCAUCACUGCAGUUACCAUUGUCGUCGUACUAGUCGUCGGCAUUCCGCUUGCCGUCAUUUUUGGAGUCGUCCUGCCAAAUGCAACGACAGAUACUGUAACUCCAGCAGUUCCAUCAACAGUACCACCAGUAGUACCUCCAGUAGUGCCAACACAACCAGGGGGCGGUCCUAAUACAGUUGCUCCGCCUGUAAGAACCCUACUAGUGCAAUGUCCCAACGACAUCUCGAGGGGCACGGACACGGGACUGCCCACUGCUGUUGUCAACUGGAAUGCACCGAAUGUCCUCAGCCAGACAGUGGGUCCAGUGACAAUGACGCCAACUGUCCAGCCAAACCAAGCCUUCGCCAUCGGCAGACUUAAGGUUGAUUACGUCGUGACUGAUGCUGCAAACAACAGGGGAACCUGCUUCUUUUGGAUCACGAUUGUCGAUGAUGAACCCCCUGCCAUCCAGUGCCCGGCGCCUAUCACCGUACCCACGGACCAGCUGUCACAGUCUGCAAGUGUGAACUUUCCCCUGGCCACCGUCACUGAAAACACCAACGGUGCUGUGACGCGGCUGAUGACCGAUGAUCCGGGGGACCAGUUUAUCGUUGGCACACACACGGUCACCAUUGUCGUCACCGAUGAGGCGGGCAACGAGAACCGGUGCUCCUUCACCAUUACCGUGGAAGAUAGAGAAGACCCACGUAUCACUUGCCCCAAUAAUUUGCGAGCGAAUACCAACGACCCCAAUGGUGGCGCCCCGGCAACUUGGCCCGAUCCCUCAGUGAUUGACAAUGUCUUGGCCACACCCCAGGUUACGUGCACGCCGGCGAGCGGAUCGUCAUUCCCCUAUGGGAUGAGCAGUGUAAACUGUACAGCCACAGACAAUGCCGGGAACCAGGGAAGCUGCGUGUUUCAGGUGGAAAUCCGCUUUAACGAUACGGAGAUCCCAACCUUUAUGAAUUGUCCAGCUGACUUCAGUGUGAAUGCCACUGUAGACUCCAAUGGUGCUACGGUCACUUGGGUCGUACCGACAGCCACGGACAACUCACAAAUGUCACCUACAGUUACCACCGACACAAAUCCCAAUACAUUCUUACCAAUUGGCACACACCGGGUAACAUACACAGCCACUGACGCAGAUGGGAAUAUUGCCACGUGUAUGUUCGAUGUAGAAGUAGUUGAUAUCCAAGAUCCAACCAUCAUGUGCCCGGCCAGUUUCAGGCAGGACACCGAUAUGGGGAGGGCCGAUGCAGGAGUCAGCCUACCAGCCGCUACAACGAGUGACAACUCUAUGAUGGCCUUGACGGUCAGCCAUGAACCGCCUAAUCCACCAACCCUCGGUAUAGGCGAUAACAGGGUCACGUAUACAGUCACGGACGAGGGUGGGAAUACUGCGUCGUGUAAUAUCACGGUCACUAUCGAGGAUAAGGAGCCACCCUCGAUAACGUGUCAAUCCCUCAUCACGGUGCGUGCUGUGGAAGGGCAGUCCUACGGCAACAUCAGUUUCUCGCCGCCCGCCGCAAUGUCGGACAAUUCCGGGGGAAUUGUUGAUGUCACCACAUCACCGGCUAGCAACACCAGGCUGGUGAUUGGGACGCACCAGGUCCUUUACACUGCAACUGAUCCUUCAGGGAACAGUGCAAUGUGUAAUCUUACUGUCAACAUUGUUGAUUUUGAAACGCCGGACUUGGCCUGUCCGGCCGAUGUCAACACCACCACGCCCUCGGGAAUGGCCACGACUAGCGUUACCUUCGCAGCAACGGUCAUCGAUAACUCGGGCGUCAUCACAGCGACGUCAGACAUUCCCACGGGCAGUCCAUUCUCCAUCGGUAUGACGGUGGUGACGUUCACUGCAACGGACGACUCAGGCAACACCGUCACCUGCAAUUUCACCAUCACAGUCCGAGAUGAAGAAGAUCCUACCAUUGUGUGCCCGGACCACUUCAGUCAAAAUACCGACCACGGACGACCUAAUGCCACUGUCACUUUGCCCAUGGCUACAACGAGUGACAACUCUAUGACUAUGACGGUGACGACCAAUCCAUCUGGGUCACCCACCCUCGGUAUCGGCACUAAUCACAUGGUCACGUACACGGUCACCGAUGACAGCGGGAACGCUGCGUCAUGUGUCGUCAUGGUCUCAAUUUAUGAUAUGGAACCUCCAAGUUUUACCCCACCGUCAAAUUUUGAAGUACGGACUGAUCCAGGGAAGCCUUACGCCACCGUCAGCCUUCCGUUGCCGUCCAACGUGAUGGACAAUUCUGGGGGAGAGGUGACUAUUACCACGUCACCGGCCAAUAACAGUAUGCUGGCCAUAGGUCCUAAGCAAGUUACAUACAACGCAACAGACCCAUCAGGAAACGUCUUCAUGGCAACGAUUACUGUCACAGUAGUAGAUAUGGAGCCACCAGACCUGGAAUGCCCGGCUGACAAUAUCACAUCCACGGAUCCAGGAGAGGCCUUUGCUACGGUGACAAUCACACCCCGGACCCUGACUGAUAACGACGGCAACAGACCCACCCUGAUGUCCAACGCUUCAGGCAACACCUUCAACAUAGGAUCCACCGUCGUCACUCUGACGGCGCAAGAUGUUGCUGAAAACGAGGACAUGUGUUCAUUUGUCAUUACCGUUCAAGACACUGAGGAUCCACUCAUCAUGUGCCCGGCCAACUUCAAUCAGAGCACCGACGACGGGCAACCGAACGCCACGGUCCUUAUCCCCGCUGCCACGACCAGCGACAACUCCUUGACACCCGUCACGGCCGUCUCUGAUCCGUCAGGGUCCGUCAGCCUCGAGAUCGGCAGUCACACUGUCACGUAUACCGCCACGGAUGCCAGUGGCAACACAGGGACGUGCAACGUGACGAUCACAAUCAAAGAUAUGGAGCCUCCAACUUGGACCCCUCCAUCAAGCUUUGAGGUACCCACCGACCCCGGGGAGCCUUUUGCCAUAGUCAGUCUUCCGUUGCCAACCGACGUGAUGGACAAUUCCGGGGAAGAGGUUACUAUCACCACGUCACCGGCCAAUAACAGUAGGCUGGACAUAGGAACCACUGAAGUCACGUACACUGCAACGGAUCCGUCCGGAAAUUGGGCCAUGUUCAGUUUAAACGUCACAGUCAUAGAUAAUGAGGAUCCCGUCAUCACGUGCCCUGCCAACUUCAGUCAGAGCACCGAUAUGGGACGUGCGGAUGCCACAGUCAUGCUUCCAGAUGCUAUGGCAACAGACAACUCGCAGGCCCCUCUGGUAAAUAUGACGAAUCCCUCUGGCUCGCCGACCUUGGGAAUCGGAAGCCACAGCGUCAUGUACACAGUCACCGAUCAAAGCGGGAAUUCUGCAUCGUGUAACAUCACCGUCACCAUCACAGAUGAUGAGGAUCCACUCAUCAUGUGCCCGGCCAACUUCAAUCAGAGCACCGACAGUGGGCAACCGAACGCCACGGUCCUUAUCCCCGCUGCCACGGCCAGUGACAACUCCUUGACACCCGUCACGGCCGUCUCUGAUCCGUCAGGGUCCGUCAGCCUCGAGAUCGGCAGUCACACUGUCACCUAUACCGCCACGGAUGCUAGUGGCAACACGGAGACGUGCAACGUGACCAUUGAGAUCAUAGAUAUGGAGGAUCCAACACUGAUGCCCCCGUCAGACUUUGUUGUACCGACCGACCCAGGGAAAGCCUACGCCAUUGUCAGCCUUCCAUUGCCGUCUGACGUGAUGGACAAUUCUGGGGAAGAGGUUACUAUCACCACGUCACCGGCCAAUAACAGUAGGCUGGACAUAGGAACCACUGAAGUCACGUACACUGCAACGGAUCCGUCCGGAAAUUCGGUCAUGUUUGGUAUUAACGUCACUGUUGUAGAUUUGGAACCACCAGAACUUGUAUGCCCAUCAGAAAACAUCACAGCCACGGAUCCAGGCAAGGCCUUUGCUACGGUGACAUUUGAACCCCAGACCCUGACAGACAACGAUGGCAACAUGCCCACCCUGACAUCCGAUGCUCCAAACAACACCUUCUACGUAGGGCAAUCCGUCGUCACUCUGACGGCGCGAGAUGGCGCUGGAAAUAACAACACGUGUACAUUCACAAUCACUGUUAAAGAUACUGAACCACCCGUCUUAGAAUGCCCCUCCGAAGUCAUAGUGUACUCCAACAAUCUCACCAUACCGCUGGCAUUUUCAGGGGUGGCCACGUGGACUGUCAACGUGAGCGACAACUCCAAAUUGCCACUGGUGAGAAACAGCACAACUCGUGAAUCGGGAACACUCUUUGUCGGGAACGUCACCGUCACUCACACGGCAGUGGAUACGUACAAUAACACCGCACAAUGCUCCUUCCCAGUCAGAGUCAUCGGAUUGUAUAAUGUCAUGUGCAGCUCAUCUGUCGAUCUGGAUUUAGGAGAGUUGAUAGGAACAGGAGCUGUGUACCAUGUCAUGUCCCCCGCCUACGACAAGGGUGAUCCCUACCCGCCCAUGAGCAAUUGUGUCGUGCGCGUGUCGGCCCCAGCUGGCAGCCACAUACGCAUGAGCUUCUCUACAUUUGAGACCGAAUCCGAGAGAGACAUCUUAACGGUUGGGAGUGGCCUAGACGACACAGCUGAGAACACCACUCUGGCCUCAUUUUCUGGUGAAAGUAUACCACGGCUGGACGAUGGCUCGAUUCACAUUAAGGAUCGUGUCUAUGGAGACUCCAUCUGGCUACGUUUUGAGUCGGAUGACACCUUUGACUCGAUGUUGACUGGCUUUUUACUGCAAUUGGAUUUCAUCGACAAUCCACGUGACUUGUAUCCGGACUCCUAUUCAUUCUGUGCGGACUUUGGCGGUUUCCCCUGUCUGAAUGGGUCGUGUAUAGACAUCUCCCAGCGAUGUGACGGCAACAACAACGAUUGCUCCAACAAUGAAGAUGAAACUGACUGCCCACAAGCUUGCAACUCAAUGUUAUCAGAGGAUGUCUUCUUCACGCUGAAUGGUGUCAGCCAUAUUAACAUCGUUUCUAAUUACUACCCAGGGGAGUACCGGCCGUGUAAUGCAACCUGGAAUAUCGAUUCUACUGAUGUCGCGUCCCUUCGCGUUGUUGUCAUGGAUAUUCAAAUCGGCACCGGUGACAGGCUGUACGUUAUCAACCGGGAUACGGGGGACCAGGUGACUCCCGACAUCGACUCACCAAUCAGCUUGCACGUGACCGGGGGCUCUAACUUUGCUGUGGUUUUCAAAAGCGGGGGUGAGGUGGGGCGUGGCUUUUGGAUCCGAGUGUGGCGACACAUAGGUAUCGGUGCUAGUGCUAUGGUCGAUUUCCCUGCAUCUUGCGAGUUAGAUUUGCAUGGAGUUCAGUGUGGCACUGGCACCUGUGUAGCCGGCGGUGAUAGAUGUAAUGGCAACCGUGACUGUACAAGAUUUGGCAACGACGAGCACUUAUGUGACCAGAGUGCAGAUUGUGGCAGUCUCGCGAUUAGUCUUGAUGGUCCAGGCAGCACGUACCACCUGACAUCAUUAUACUACCCAGCGCACUACGUGAUUAACAUCGACUGCCUAUACAUUGUCACCACAACUGCCAGCAAGAUUCACGUCAGUUUCCGUGACUUGGAGAUCUCUACCAAAGGUUUGUCAGCAGACUAUCUGCGCAUCGGUAACGGGGCUACUGUUAACGUUGGGACAAUCAUAAGCGUGAAUAAUGCCUUUCUGCCAGAGGACGUCAAGUCCUCCGGCAACCAGAUUUGGAUCAAGUUUUUCAGUGGUGUUAGCGUUACUGCUCGGGGUUUUUGGAUCGCUCUCGUGGCGGAGUAGUUCCUCUGAUGUUGUGAUCCGCACACUGAUGUACAUUUCAAGGGUCUCAUAUCCAGUUACUCCACACAUACAAACAAAGAACAAAACAGUUUAAAAACAAUAGGAAUUCUUACUGCGGGAUUGUAAAACACCAUUUUUAUGUCGCCUAACAAAGUUUUGGGGGCCUCUUACCAGUCCUAUGUUCUGUAUCCCCAUAUGACCGUACUUACCAGAGCUAAAUUGUGGGGUACUGCACACAAAGGGAACAAGGGUGCCGAAUUGUACCCCACUAUUUUUCCUUUGAAAAAUAGUACCCCAGAAGUGAAUUCUAAAGAAAAGGGAUAAAAAGGACAACAAUGCAAGUACCCCAGAACUCCAGUCUGCUGGGAUGGCCGUUUGUAUUGUUACGUACAGUUUAGCUAGGUUAAGUUUUUGAAAAAUAUGGAUUACUUCUACAUGCUUUCAUAUAUUUUGAUGAAACUUGGAUGCAGUGACCCUUGG